AUGGACUUUUCAUCUCUUUUAUCAAAGGAAAUAAAUAAGAAACGGAAAAUUAAUAAAAUUACCAAAACGGGUAAUACAGGAAAGAAGCACCAUGGUAAGAAAUUGAAGCAAACCAAAGAGGAGGAGGAGGAGGAGCAAACCAAGGGAAAAGAAAUCAUUGAUAUAUACGAGGAACCAGUUUCUCAACCCGUGCUUGCGCGUGAGCCAAAAGUUUCAAUCAGAGAAGAGGGACUUUGUCAAGAAGAAAUCGAUGCGAAAUUGACCCAGUAUAACGAACUUGACAAGAGCUUGACAAAGAAUGAAAAACUAAAGAGACUCCAUUUUUUGCUCAAGCUUGAUUUACAGAAUCAAAAGUAUGCUGACUGGGUGAAUAAGGAGAGAUGUUACUACGAAGAUCCCGAAAAACAAAGAAUUAAGCUCGAAUCAGUAAUGAACAUUGAAUCUCAUCGUGAUGAACUAAGAGUUCAAAUUAGAGUUUAUCUAAAGACGUUGAUAAACGAAUGGGAUAAAUUAAAGGAUAAAUCUGAUGAUGAUGAGUAUUUACUCAAAGAAACCAAAACUGGAAUAAUCAAACUAUUGUACAAGCUAAGAAGUGACAAAUUAUCAAACGAAAUGUUGAUAUCUUUAUCGACUAUCAUCUACCAUCUUCAAGCUAACCAAUUCAACAAAGCAAAUGAAAGUUAUUUGCAAUUGAGUAUUGGGAACGUUUGUUGGCCAAUUGGAGUCGUUAAUGUUGGAAUUCAUGCAAGAAGCGCAAGUCUGAAAAUUGCCGGUACCCAUAGCACCAGUAAUAUCAUGGUUGGCGAGUCUACAAGAAGAUGGGUUAUCAGUGUUAAAAGGUUGAUCAAUUUCAAAGAAAGAGAAUACAGAGUGAUGCCUUUGAGCAGCAACACUAUCGAGCAAAGCGAGAUAGUGGAGCAGCAUACAGGAAAGAACCACCAUGGAAAGAAAUUGAAGCAAACCAAAGAGAAGGAGAAGGAGGAGGAGGAGGAGGAGGAGGAGGAGAGGAGGAGCAACAUACAGGAAAGAAGCACCAUGGAAAGAAAUUGA